AUGUAUCAAUUCCGUGUUGGUGCGCUCAGGAAAAAGAAGGAAGAUGGAAGCAAACUUUCACGAAAACUAACGGUUAUCCACCGAAAACAGAAGCGGUUCUUAAUCACACGACCUCACGCUACAGUUACUCUCGAAGUCCCCGCAGACGGCACGCGUAAGCGGCCCGUCACCGGGUGCAGUCAUUCGCGAAGACUACCAGUUAUGUUGCUACUGACUUUGUUGGCGCUCCAGCUGCCAUGCGCUUCAACCCUGACUUACACGAUGGCGGUUCUCGUGCCCCUGACAGGGCCCCGCAGAAUGGGCCUCAUUGAGGUGGAAGCCGCCCUCAAUGUCACCCUCACCAAGCUGGAGCUAGACCCGUCGUUGGCAAAGUUGAUGCGGUCAGGCCACACGUUUGCGUUCAUGAUUAACGACACCCGGUGUGAUCGGGGAACUGGUCUUUACGAGUUCGUCGAAAUGGUUACACACCAGAUGAGGAACGCAUCAAAUGCAAUCCAUGCUGUAAUAGGUCCAUCGUGCGACAACGUUUGCGAAUCAGUUGGCUUGCUGGCCAGUAGAUGGCGUAUUCCAGUCAUCAGCUUCGGCUGUUGGAGCGACGAGCUGACCAAUCGUGAGGACUAUGGAACUCUAGUGCGCACGACCGGAAGUUUUAACGAGAUAGGCGUUUUCUUCAUGAGCAUUAUGCAAGUCUACAGGUGGAAACGCGUUACCUUGGUUACCGGUCUGCAGGCGGCGUGGAUGAAAGCUGUGGCCUCGCUGACGCUGGAAUUUAUGAAUGUUGGUAUGGUUGUUCGGAGGAUGGUUUUAGAAACGUCAAAGCUCAACGAACUGCUGCCCAAUGAAGCCAAACAAACACGAGUAUUUGUGUUGUGUGCCUACGGUCAGGACAUCAUUCACUUCAUGCUGGCAGCUCACAGAAACGGACUGAUGAAUGGGGAGUACGCGUUCGUGGCUCUAGAUUAUGCCAACAUGGCUAAGCGAAUCCCAGACUCAUACAACUCAAGCAUUCCCUUCGGCGAAGUCUUUGGAGGAAGAUUAAAUCUUGAAUAG